UUUGUAAAUUGUAAAUGAAGCGCUAAAUUACAGAAUUUAUUCAAAAAUUAGUAAGAGUAUUAAACAACAUUUUAAUAGUUUAUUUAGUAUCCAUGAUUUAUUAACAUGGAGGAAGAAAAAUUACUUCGAAAGAAAAAGAAAGCAUUGAAUGGGAGCAACAAGCGGGUUUUAGCUGAAGCAUGUAAUGAUCUAGCAUCAUUUUAUUACAAGAAUAGCAGAUAUAGUGACGCCUUGGAUGAGUAUAGGAAUGAGGCCUCUAUAUGCAAGGAACUCGGUCUGCGUUUGGAGUGGGCCACCUGCAACAGAAUGAUCGGUGAAAUGUACAUGCUGAUGGCUGAAUUUGACAAAGCACUUAAAUACGAGGAGAGACAUCUAAGUGUUGCAAAGGAACUGAAGAAUUUAGUCGAAGAACAGAGAGCUAUGGCGACACUAGGAAGAAUAUACCUUCUGCAGGGCCAGAGCUCAACUAGAGAUGAAGAAUCAAAAACAUCAUUGACAGCAGCAGAAAAGGCUUUUAUGAAGAGUCUGGUACUCUGUGAAAAAUUAAAUGGUAAAAUCAACAAAUCAGAACUGAUGGACAUGCGGGCGAGGCUCCUCCUUAACAUUGGUGUAGUCCAAGAGCACAUGGGAUUCUUGGAUAAGGCCUUAGACUGCAUAAACAAGGCCAUAACAAUAUGCUCCAAUCAGGAUCUGUAUGAGGUGCUACAUAACUGCUACACUACUGAGGCACUGCUUCACUAUAACAAAAGGAAAGAUCAUGCGAAAGCACUGAGUUGUUUAAAUAAAGCUUUAGAAGUUGCAAGUCGGCUAGAAGAUAAGGUGUUAAAAAUGUGUGAAACUCUGUCGUCAAAAGCUGACAUACUAUGUAAGAUGUCAGAUUACCAGAGUGCUAAACAAGUACUACUCAAAGCUUGGAAACUGAAGACGCCUGAUGAAGAAGAAAGGGAGAAUAUUGAAUCCAAUUUAAAAAUUGUAGCAGCAAUGUGUUAUACUGAGGAUCUGUUGAUAUCUACAAAUCCAACUGAUCAUGUCACAUUCAAGAAGCUUUAUGAGAAACUUGGUGACGGGGCCUGUCAUGUAAAGAACUACCCCGGGGCCAUUCAGUAUUAUUUAAAAAUGUUGGACCAUGCUGAGUUAGCGGGUGACACUGGGAAAACACUUAUCCCUAUUUAUGUCAGUUUAUACCAAACAUACAAAGACAUGGGUGGAUACCACGAAGCUCUACAGUACAUGUACAAAGAAUACGAAUUAAUCAAAGACGUGCCCAAAGAGGCGUACACCACUCUGUGUAAUAUCGCCGAAGUAUCUUUCCUUGCUAAGAAACCGUAUGACCAAAUUGAAAAGGCUUGUUUGGAUGCUAGAAGCGCGGCUCGAGAGUGGAACAAAAGGAAGUAUGAAGUUAGAAUUCUUAAGAAUCUCCUGAAGUAUCAAGAAGAAUACUGUGAAAUGGACAAAAUGGAGGAAACAAAAGCUGAUCUUAGGCUAUUGGGCUACGAUGAUGCGAAUCUCGAGUAUUCUGAGGAUGAACAGAGUUCUGCCGGGGGUUGCGAUGAAGAUACAACACAUAUCGGUGAUGAUAUAUGCUUGGAGGAUUUGACAGAUCUAUCUGACACAAACGAAGAAGACAUGGUAGAUAAGAAACGCGAGACUCGCAGGCGAGGAAAAGGUUUCACCAUGAAGAAGAAUAUGAAAGGUGAAACUCAGUUGCAUGUGGCGUGCAUAUCUGGUAACCGUUUGCUCGUGGAACGUCUACUAGGCCAGGGUCAUCCGGUCAACAUACGAGACAAUGCUGGCUGGUUACCGCUACAUGAGGCCUGUAUACACGGCCAUACUGAUGUGGCGAGAAUACUGAUUGAUAACGGUGCCAAUAUUAAUGAUAGAGGAGGAGUUAAUUGUGAUGGUAUCACACCUCUAUACGACGCGGCCAGCAACGGUCACUUAGAUGUAGUACAGAUGCUUCUACAAAAUGGUGCCAUUCCCACUCUCAAGACUGACUUUGGUGAAACGCCACUCCAAGUUUUACAAAAAUGGCGCACUGGAACUAUUUUAACGAGGGACGAAGAAGCACUAUACAAUUACAUAAUAAGUAAUAUACAAAACUAUAUCGAUAAGGAUAACGCUAGUGAACCAGUUUUAAAUAGAUCCAAAUCAAAAACACCAGUGAAACCUAUACAAGAUAGAACUCCGCCUAGUACUUCUAAAAUGAGUGGUAGAAUAAAGGAAUUAGAAUCACCUGUAUUCAAAAGACGCAAUAUCAUAGAAGAUGACAGCGAUGACGAUAUGAAUUUAUCACAAGUAAUAAGAAAUGAAGUAGCUUUCCCAUCAGAUGAUACGAAUUCUGAUGAAGAAUUACCUAAACCUGAUGAUCGUAAAACAUCAGGAGUGAAAGAAUAUAGGAACGCAAUAUCAGCUUUGAGAAAUAGAAAUGUAGAUGUACCAGAAACAGAAAUAAAAAAGACAAAACCAAAAUCAGCUUUACUUGACCCCAGUGAAGUAGAUGAUGAUUGGUUAGAUGAUGAUUUAGGUAUAACUAAAAAUAAGAAGCGAAAACUAAGCGAUCCAAUCACAGUAGUAGCUAAAAAGACUAAUAUCGAAAGUAUAAAGGAAAGUAUAGACAGCAUAAAUAGGAUAGAACCUCUAGUAGAAAAUAAUGUUGAUAAACAAAAGAAGAGGUAUGAUUUGAUAGAUCUAAGUGCCAACAGUUCGGAUGCUGAUAGCUUUCAGAGAAACGAAAAUGUUUGUCCUAAGGUAACAAAGAAUUCUUUUAAAGAUACAUCAAGGGAAUUAAACGAAAGUAAAUCUAGGGAUAGUAGAGAUGGUAUGAGGCGACGUUGGAAAAGGCAAAGUACGUUACUAAAAGCUGGAUUUCAAAGAAGAAAGUCGUUCGAUCGUUCUAGUAACAGUGGAAGCGACUGCGAAAAUAGUAAAGACAAAAGCAAUAAGUCCCCUAGAAAAUCGUCUAGUGACAACUUCGGAUACUCAAAUUCCAACGAUGGCUUUAAUAUAGUACAAAAUAUGAAUCCCAGUGUGAUGCAAGCGAUGAAUGUUAUACAACCGAUAAGUAUAGUGCAGCCUUCCAAAACUGGGAGGCCGAUGCAGACACAAAUUUUGCCGCCUGCAGCAGUCAAAGUCAAAGUUGAGGAUAAGGUUUUGUUGAUAUCAUUGAAGCUAGAGACAAUAAAUAGGUUGACAAUUAGCUGGCUAGUUGAAAAAGUUAAAUCUAGAUAUUACAAAUUAACGGGUGUCCGACCAGUGUUCAGUUUAAUGACGUCAGACGGAGCGAUCCUCUCUGAGGAAGACCCGUUGAGUCUAGUGCUGGCUUCGCCGGAGCUGCAUACUUGUAUCAGCAACUUCAAGGCUUCGCCGGCCGAAGAGAGAUAUUUGGAGUGCUGCGACGCUUUGGGUGUUUCACCAUCACAAGAAAUUCAACAAGCCAUCGGCCGAAGUAUAACAACACGAAGAAUAGCUCUGGGAAUGCAGACAUUAUCACAAACACAAAUGAGACCUUUAUUCCGAGCACUCACGCAUCAAACUCAUAUCACAGCUGUUAUGAUAAGCAACAACAACAUAGGAGACGAAGGACUUAAGUAUCUAACCGAAGCGAUAUGCACUAUGAAGCAUGUAACGCAUUUAGACAUCAGUAGAAAUAAUAUAUCCGCUGACGGUAUAAAAACUUUCUUGAGUGCAUUCGAGAAACCAGGACGACAAAUGUGCCAAGGGUUAGAAGAUUUGGAUGUAAGCGGAAACCCUAUAUCAAACGAUGGCUUCAAAUCCAUAGUCAAAUUGAGUCAGUAUUUAAAAUUACGAGUGUUAAAACUAAAUAACUGUGGUAUAACUGAAGUGAGUGAUAGCAAUAAGAGCUGUAAUAACUUUGACACGUUAGAAGUCAUAGACCUAAGUAACAAUGAUAUAAGGAAUGCAACAGUAAACUGUAUACUGACAUCUCUAAAUCCGAAUAUAUUGAUUGAAUUGGAGUUGGAUAAUAUCAGAGCAGAUGGGACAGUGGUUGGAUGUAUAGCUAAUUUUAUGGACACCGCUAAAGAUGUGAAGAUACGAAGACUGGGCUUGUCUAAGUGUAAAUUAGUGGACUCUCAAUUCAUGAGAAUAUUCAGAUCUCUCGGCCGAGCGAGAAACCUACAAUCGCUAUCAUUGAGAGGCAACAACUUAACGUUCAUAGCGUUGAAGAAGUUACUGCAGAGGCAACCUCCAGUGCCACAGAUCAAUCUUGAGGGUUGCCAGGACAUAUUCAAGUAUUCCCCGGACUCAGAUUUUCAAGUGUGGCUGCCUGCUGUUGAUUUCGGCAGGUGUAUACCAGAGAUUAACGUCACUCCGGUGUUUAAAACUGACGAAGAACGAGACAGCUAUAAAUCGUUUUCGAAAACGUGGCUCAGUUGUUUCAAAGGCCGCGGCAUGAUCGAGCACUGCGAUGGGAAUGUUACAAAGUUUACAGCUAGAUAGUUAGUUGUAUUUAAGGGUCAGGACACCGAAUCGAGCGACGAACGACCUGCCCCUUAGCAUGGCCACCAAGAUUUGUUACCGGUACAUUGUAGACAAGAAAUAACUAUAUAAAUAAUCCUGCUUCAAAGUAUGAAAACUAUAGUUAUUUCUUUUCUAUGAAACUGGAUACAAAUGCUAAGGGGGCAGGCAAUGCACCCAUCAAUCCCCAAGCGGCAGCCGGCUGCCGCA